AUGGAGCCAUUGCCGCCGGCGGAGGCGGAGGCGGAGGCCGCCGACAUGCUUUCGUCUCUCCCGGCGCACCUGCUGGACGAGAUUUUGACGCGCCUCGACCUCCGUGCUCUCGGCAAUCAGGACGAGGUUAAGAUAGAUAGAAUUCCAUUUACCUUUCACAACUUGAAGAGCUUGGAAAUAUCAACGCUCUUUGGUUACAUGGAACCCAUUUUGCUAUUGUUCUCCUUGUUGAGGAGCUCCCCAAACCUCGAAGAACUUAAAAUUGAGAUUCGAGAUUGGGAGCCAAAAUGGGUUACAAAUUCAGACAUCCAAAGUGAAGAGUGGACUGAUGCACAGUGGACUGAUGGCAUGUGUGCCAAUCUUCAAGUUGUGCAGAUAGAUAGUUAUUUUCGGUCGUUUCCAUUGUCUUUUAUGAAGCUUAUUCUCUCUAAAGCAAGCCUUCUUCGCACAUUGUCUGUGGAUGUAUGCCCAGUUUCUCAGGACGACCCACUAAAUGAGUUACUAAAAUGCAGAAGAGCUUCAGCUCAAGCUCAGGUUCUGUUCAAGGAGGACCUGGACAGUGACACGGAUGGAGAGCUCAACGAGUGA